UUUUCUUCGAAUUACGUUUGCUUUAACAGUUGUUUAAUGGUAGCGCUAAUUAAACGAUGUUGUUUCCGUGAAGCGUGUAUUAUAAUAAUUUGAUAAAUUUCAAGAAAACGUUUAUAAUUAAAAUUUAAAUACUAAUUAAAAAGCAAGUUUGCAUAUAUAUAAAUAACACAAUUAUGCAAACGUGGGCUUCUAUUUCAAUGCUGUUAUGCAUUUUUGGCUUUUUUCGCGAACUAAGGCCUUCAGAGCCUUUUGUUACCGAGUUUUUGACCAGUGACUUUCGAAACAUAACUAGUGAACAAUUAAAUCGCUUGGUAUACCCUUUUGGCACUUAUGCUGUAUUCGCUCAAUUAGUUUUAGUGUUCCUGCUUACUGACAUGUUGCGUUAUAAACCAAUUAUUAUUUUAUCAGCAUGUGCGGGUAUUGCCCUCUUCGCCAUAUUACUUUGGACGCGCAAAAUUUGGGAAUUACUUAUAGGACAAAUAUUCUAUGGCACAUUUAUGGCUAGCGAAGUUGCUUAUUAUACAUACAUUUACGCUAAAGUAGAAAAAGAGCACUAUCAAAUCGUUACCGGUCAUACACGUGCCGCUAUAUUAUCCGGGCGAUUCUUGGCAGGAGUAUUAGCGCAAAUAUUAAUAUCCACCGAGAGCAUGAACUACCGCCAGCUACAUUACAUAUCAUUCGGACUGCAAGUUGUAUCUUUCUUUGUCUCUGUAACUCUACCUCCGGUAAAGCAAAGUGUAUAUUUUUAUAGAAUAGAGGACAAAAAGGAUCACGGCAGAGAGCUAACUAUAAGUACUGACAUAUUACACAUACAUCUUUUUAUUUUAGCCCCUUCUGAACCAAUUAAAGGAACAUUUGCCUGGCGAAAAGCUUUCAAGUUGCUUAUGAAGCAUGCUAUUAGCGGCUACACAAAUGCCACUGUAAUAAAAUGGAGUAUUUGGUGGUUAUUAGCUACCGCUGGUCAAUUGCAAGUCAUCAGUUACGCUCAAAUCCUUUGGAAAGAAAUUAAAGGAAGCGAAAGUGUAUAUAAUGGAGGUGUUGAAGCAGCUGCAACGUUGCUGGGCGCUGGCGGUGCGCUGGCUGCCGGUUCAAUGAAAUUUUCCUGCUACAAAUAUGCGUAUAACUUAAUAAUAAUUGUUGGUUCCUUAGUAAUGGGCAGUUUACUCAUUAUUUCAAGCAUCGUUGAAGACGUGUGGCUCGCCUAUGCCACGUAUGUGCUAUUUUGCGUUAUCUUUUACUUUGUUAUCACUAGUGCUGGUGCAACAAUAGCCACACAAUUGUGUGACGACAGUUUUGGCUUGAUUUUCGGCAUUAAUACCUUUUUAGCUUUAGCUGCGCAAAGUCUAUUAACGCUUCUAGUGGCUACGGACACCCUGGGGUUUUUUUUAAACCUUCGAUCUCAAUAUUUAAUUUAUGGUUAUUAUUAUAUAAGUAUAUUCAUUCUGUAUUGUCUAUGGGAUUUUGUGGAAAACUUUAUGCGACGAAGGGUAAAUUGAUUAAAUUAAGAACAAUUCACUGUUUGUCAGAGUAGAAAUUAAUUGUAAGUCAGUGCGUCUUUAUAAAUUUACUUAAUAAUUGUCUUUUUUUCUUUAUUAUUUGAAAUAAAUACGAAACUUGGCAAGCGC